AACUGUUCUCACCCCAAGAUGAAGAAGGAUGCUGUCAUGCUGAGUGCCCCUCACACACACUAGUCUGAGCAUUCCGGCAACGAUUACUCCCUCUUUAUUCUCAAGUCCAUCAUUUAUGACAGCAUUAUAUCAAACGUGAUCCGUUCCGUUAUAGCUACAUUAUAGAAGAUAUACAGGUGGCACUGCAGCUGCUGUGCUACUCUGUGUAGUGGCGACACUUGGCUAACUAACGUUGGCUAAUUGCCCUUGCUGCUGCUGCUGCUGCUGCUGCUAUUGUUUGUUGUUGCAGUUUCUCAUCAAACAAAUCACAGAUGUUGUAGAUCAAGCUCUUUAAGUUUUUCUCUUGCAGACUGUCGUUGUGUCAAUACUUGUUGAGAGGCAGUGUGGCAGUGAGCUAGGAGGUGAAUGCAGUCAAGCUUUUCUGAAACACUGGGGUUGUUGGUGUGGCCAAAUUUUCCCUGGAUUUGACUGGUAAAUUCAGAAGACUGAAGCCCAGGCUCACAGUCUACCUUUCACGGAGGCCCAGCCGUGAGAGGACUGAGGAAGGCACGUGGCGGAUCAUGACGGCCGACAAAGAAAAGGAGCGGGAGAAAGAGCGGGACAGAGACAGAGACAAGGACCGGGACAAGAGAGAGGCUGGUAAGUCCCGCCGGCAGGACGGGGACCGGGGUGACCGUGAGAGUGAGAGCUCAAGGCCCCGACGCAGCUGCACACUGGAGGGCGGGGCCAAAAACUAUGCAGAGAGCGAUCACAGCGAGGAUGAGGACAACGAAAAUGGCAGCACAGGUGGAGGGAGCGGCACGGCUGAGGAUGGGGGCAAGAAGGGCAAGAAGAAGACACCUAAGAAGAAGUCACGCUACGAGCGCACAGAGAACGGAGAAAUCACGUCCUUCAUCACAGAAGACGAUGUUGUUUACAGACCCGGAGAUUGUGUGUACAUUGAAAGCCGGCGGCCCAACACUCCCUACUUCAUUUGUAGCAUUCAGGAUUUCAAGCUGAGUAAAAGGGACCAUCUGCUGAUGAAUGUGAAAUGGUACUACCGCCAGUCAGAGGUGCCUGACUCUGUCUACCAGCACCUGGUGCAGGAUCGCAACAAUGAGAACGAUUCUGGCCGGGAGCUGGUCAUUACAGACCCAGUGGUCAGGAGUCGAGAACUCUUCAUCUCUGACUAUGUGGACACUUAUCAUGCUGCUGCUCUCAGGGGGAAAUGCAACAUUUCCCAUUUCUCCGACAUUUUUGCUGCCAGGGAGUUCAAAGCCCGCAUCGACUCCUUUUUCUAUAUCCUCGGGUACAACCCAGAGACCAGCUCCUGUUUACAAUCGAGACGACAUGGCGUACGGAGCAAUGCUGCUCUGCACACAAAGCUCCAGCCACUCUGCUCACCUCUGCGACCAGCUGUGAUGUGUACACGCUGCUCGUCAUGGCGACUAAACAGCACACAAGGGGAAAUCCGAGUGGGACCCAGUCACCAAGCCAAGCUCCCUGAGCUGCAGCCUUUCCCCUCUCCUGGUGGCCAGGCCGUGACCGAGAACGAGGAGUUGGUCUGGAUGCCAGGGGUCAAUGACUGUGAUCUUCUAAUGUACCUCAGAGCCGCAAGGAGUAUGGCUGCCUUUGCAGGGAUGUGCGACGGAGGCUCAACAGAAGACGGGUGUUUAGCAGCCUCUCGAGAUGACACUACAUUAAAUGCACUUAACACUCUUCACGAGAGCAGCUACGAUGCAGGAAAAGCUCUCCAGCGGCUGGUGAAGAAGCCUGUACCCAAACUGAUAGAGAAGUGCUGGUCUGAGGAUGAAGUGAAGCGCUUCAUCAAAGGGUUGAGACAAUUCGGCAAAAACUUCUUCAGGAUCCGGAAAGAGCUGCUGCCCAACAAAGAAACGGGAGAGCUGAUUACCUUCUACUACUAUUGGAAGAAGACCCCCGAGGCAGCGAGUUGUCGAGCCCACCGCAGACACCGCCGCCAGCCCGUCUUCCGACGCAUUAAGACGCGAACCGCUUCAACUCCUGUCAACACUCCCUCACGCCCCCCCUCAAGCGAGUUCUUGGACCUCAGCUCAGCCAGUGAAGAUGACUUUGACAGUGAAGACAGUGAACAGGAGCUGAAGGGCUACGCCUGCCGUCACUGUUUCACUACCACCUCUAAGGACUGGCACCACGGGGGCCGGGAGAACAUCUUGCUGUGCACAGACUGCCGUAUUCACUUCAAGAAGUACGGUGAGCUGCCCCCCAUUGAGAAGCCCGUGGACCCGCCACCAUUUAUGUUCAAACCUGUCAAAGAAGAAGAGGAUGGACUCAGUGGGAAGCAUAGCAUGAGGACCCGACGGAACCGAGGCUCGAUGUCAACGCUACGUAGUGGUCGUAAGAAGCAGACAGCCAGUCCUGAUGGCAGAGCCUCGCCUACCAAUGAGGAUCUGCGCUCCAGUGGACGUACCUCUCCCAGCGCAGCAAGUACUGACAGCACUGACAGCAAGACAGACUCCAUGAAGAAGCCCAGCAAGAAGAUUAAAGAGGAGGUUCCUUCACCUAUGAAGAGUGCCAAACGGCAGCGAGAGAAGGGAGCCUCAGACACAGAGGAGCCUGAGAGGGCCAGUGCCAAAAAGUCCAAGACACAAGAGCUGAGUCGAGCAGACUCACCCUCAGAAUGCGAAGGGGAAGGGGAAGGGGAGGGCGAGGGCGAGAGCUCUGAUGGACGCAGCAUCAACGAGGAGCUCAGUAGCGAUCCUAAAGACAUUGACCAGGACAACCGGAGCUCUUCCCCAAGUAUCCCCAGCCCCCGUGACAAUGAGAGUGACUCAGACUCAUCUGCCCAGCAGCAGCAGCUCCUGCAGAGCCAGCAUCCUCCAGUCAUCCAGUGUCAGCCAGGCACUUCAGCCUCCUCCUUGGCACCGCCUCCGCCAACAACCUCAGCCCCCUCACUUCCCCCGACAGCGUCCUCCAACUCUCUACCUCCCCAGCCCCUGCCCCAGGCAAGCCCGAUGACUCUUGUCCAGUCAGGAGCAUCCCUCCACCCUCAAAGGCUUCCCUCUCCACAUUCACCUUUGACUCAGGCUCCGCCUCCUGGCCUGCCAGUACCACCUCAGUCAUUACCCAGCUCGCAUCAUGGGCCUAUGCCUCCCAUGCCACAUCCACUGCAGCCUGGCCCCUCACACAUGCCGCACCCUCACUCCAUGGCCCCUCAGGGCUUCCCUUUGGGUCAGUCUCAGGUCCCACCCCUGCCAGUCUCUGGCCAAUCACAGCAGAGGCCGCACACGCCUCCUUCCCAGUCCCAGUCAUCUGCUCAGAGUGGAGGCCAGCCUCCCAGAGAGCAGCCACUGCCUCCUGCCCCAAUGUCCAUGCCUCAUAUCAAGCCCCCACCAACCACACCUAUCCCUCAGAUACCCAACCCACAGUCCCACAAACACCAACCCCACGUGUCGGCGCCUCCAUUCCCGCAAAUGCCUUCAAACCUGCCUCCACCUCCUGCACUCAAGCCCCUCAGCUCUUUAUCUACCCACCAUCCUCCAUCAGCACACCCACCUCCCCUACAGCUCAUGCCUCAGGGGCAACAGCUUCAGCCUCCACCAGCCCAACCUCCAGUUCUCACUCAGUCCCAGAGUCUCCCACAAUCAGCCAGCCACCAACCUCCUCCAGCUCCUCCUCUGCCAUCCUCCGCAGCAUCCUCACACCCCAACGGGCCACCGCAGUCGCCUUUCUCGUCUCAUCCUUUCAGUACAGUUCUACCUCCAACCGGCCCUCCCACAUCUUCAUCAAACUCAAUGCCUGGCAUACAGCCUCCAUCUUCCUCCGCGCCACCCUCCUCCAUCUCCAUGCCACUUCCUGCCUCGGUCAGUUGUACUGGCCCGGGCCCGGUACUCCCACCUGUACACAUCAAAGAGGAGCCUCUGGAUGAGACAGAAGAGCCAGAGAGCCCUCCACCCCCACAGAGAAGCCCCUCCCCAGAACCUACUAUCGUCAAUACGCCUAGCCAUGCCAGCCAGUCAGCACGGUUCUACAAGCACCUGGACCGGGGCUACAACUCAUGUGCUAGGACAGAUUACUACUUCACUCCACUGGCUUCAUCUAAACUGGCCAAGAAGCGAGAGGAAACUCUGGAGAAAGCCAAGAGGGAAGCUGAGCAGAAAGUAAGGGAAGAGAAGGAGAGAGAGAGGGAGAGAGAAAAAGAGCGAGAAAGAGAGCGGGAACGAGAAAAAGAAGCAGAGCGGGCUGCGAAAGCUUCCAGUUCCUCUCAUGAGGGUAGAAUGGGUGAACCUCAGAUGGCCGGACCCGCCCACAUGCGUCAGCCCUAUGACGGCCCCCCCACCACGAUCGCAGCUGUGCCUCCAUACAUUGGACCUGACACCCCUGCCCUACGCACUCUCAGCGAAUAUGCCCGACCCCACGUCAUGUCCCCCACCAAUCGAAACCACCCCUUCUUUGUGUCCCUCAACCCUGCAGACCCUCUGCUGGCCUAUCAUAUGCCCAGCUUGUACAAUGCUGACCCGGCCAUGCGGGAGCGCGAGCUACGAGAGCGGGAGAUGCGUGAGAGGGAGAUUCGUGAGAGGGAGCUAAGGGAAAGGAUGAAACCUGGUUUUGAGGUUAAGCCCCCAGAAAUGGACACACUUCACCCUUCCACAAACCCAAUGGAGCACUUUGCCCGGCAUGGGGCUAUCACUUUGCCCCCCAUGGCUGGCCAUCACCCUUUCGCCUCCUUCCAUCCGGGCCUGAACCCAUUAGAGCGUGAGCGGCUGGCCCUCGGUGGGCCCCAGCUGCGGCAAGAGAUGAGCUACCCAGAGAGGUUGGCUGCAGAGAGACUUCAUGCUGAGAGGAUGGCCACAGUGGCCAACGACCCCAUCGCCCGCCUACAGAUGUUCAAUGUCACGCCACACCACCACCAGCACUCGCAUAUUCACUCGCAUCUCCACCUUCACCAGCAAGAUCCUCUUCACCAAGGUGGUGGUGAAUGUCUUGUGUGUCCUCCAGGCUCUGGGGGCCAUCCCCUGGCAGUAGAUCACCUGGGGGCAGGACCUCACCUGGCUCGCUUCCCUUACCCGCACGGCGCCAUCCCCAACCCUCUCCUCGGCCAGCCGCCGCAUGAACACGAGAUGCUGCGCCACCCAGUCUUCGGUACUCCAUACCCACGCGACUUACAAGGUGGUCUGCCACCGCCCAUGUCCGCAGCCCACCAGCUGCAGGCCAUGCAUGCCCAGUCCGCUGAGCUCCAGAGGCUGGCCAUGGAGCAGCAGUGGCUCCACGGACACCAUCACAUGCACGGAGGACCACUGCCUGGCCAGGAGGACUACUACAGCCGGCUCAAGAAGGAAAGUGACAAGCAGCUGUAACCAGCAAAGUCGGGCAGCGACUGACAGGUGCAGGACAUGGGAAGUUGUUUCAGAGUUGUUCAUUCAGUUUUGAAUCACGAAAAAGGCCAAGUGGAUCGUCUGAGAAUUCUUCUGAUAUUUGGUUUUUGUUCCUGUCAGGGACUUUUUAUUAUACUUAUUUUUUUUCAAGACAUUGACUUUCUUUGGUAUAUAGCCAGUAGUGACAACUCAAGACUCCUGCAUGACAAGCUUUCCUGACAUUUUUUUGUAGGUGCUAGAACAAGACACUGUGCUUAUCAACAACAACAAAAAAGACAAGACUGGUCAGGCUGUUUAUGGAAAAAUAACAAGUGCUAUCUUAAACUCAACAUUUAUUUUAAUACAUUGUUGGAGUUUUUUUUAAAUAAUUUUAAGAAAAGCUACAGCAUGUUGUUUUUUGAGUCUGUAAAUAGUAUAUAUAAACAUAUAAUUAUUAUUAUAAUUAUUAUUAUUAUUAUUAUUACUAGGUGUGGACACCAAACCAAGUCUCCAAUAUAAUUGUUUUGAAGCAUUAUCCCUUGUUUCAGAGGGGAGCACCAUGGCAUUAUUUCAGCAGUUUCUGAGAGAGUUGUUGUUCUGUUAUAACGUUCCUCUGACAUCACUGUGUUAGAUUUAGUCCCACAUACACUAUGUAAACCAUAAACCUGUCACACCCACGUCCAUUCAUCAUACAACUUUGACACUCGGCAGGUGGUCAGAAUGUGUAAACCUAAUGUGUUGAGUUAAGGAUUUGAAACACUUGAAAGCCUUCUGUGGAGUGCACACUGACGCAAUGGAUUAAAGAGAAAACUAAAUUUUGCACUGGCAGAGUUACCUUGCGCUCCACUCAACUGGUUUUAUCCUUUUGUUUAAAUUAAUAUUUAAGUCAACACAUUGGAGUAAUACUUCAUUACUUUUUUGUUUUUACAGAGAAGGACUUUAAUUAGGAUUUUAAACUUUUGGAUGCCAAAAAACAUAUUUGGCUAACAUAUUUUAAAUUAACAGGACCUGAAUUUUAUCUUUGUUCACAAUGUCAGGAGGCUAACAGGACUUAAGGAUUGUUUUAGAUGCGUGAAUGGUUGUGAGUUGGUGCUAGUUGUGGGUGUCCCCUUUUCUACACCUGAUCCAGUCACCCAUGUUUGCUGCAAGGCUCAAGUCAGACUGAGUCAUCCUCCAACUAGACUGUAAUAAUGUUCACUGUGACACUAGAGGGGGGUUCUGCCGAAAUGUGGCAACCAUGAGGUAGAGGGUUGAUGAUUGUGUGUGUGCGUGCGUGUUUUCCUCACUAUGUUUUUGUAUGCCUUGGUUCCUUGGGAAUACACACACACAUUCCUGGGCCUCAGGAGCUGAUCGUGUGUGUGCCCCUGACCGAACAAGUUAUGUUGACCUGUCAUAACAGUGCACAUAUGCCCAAUAUGUCCUUUUUGUUUAUUUGUUUUUACUGUAGCCAUGACACGAGACAUGACAUUCUGCUUUUGUUCCAUGCACUAAUACUGUUUGACUGUCAUGGACAUUUAGAAAACUGUGGCUUUUUUAAAAUGUUCUUUUAACCAAAUGAAGAACCUGCACUUGCAUAUGAAAGUGUCCAUAUCUUUUCUUUGGAGCACUAUAAUUUACAUUUAAACGCUUGCAAACAUCAUCAAACUCCUGACCCCUUUUUUUUUAAAUCCCAGAAAGUAUUUGAAGCCCAACAAGAACCCGUCACUUUGUCUUGCCAUCUCCCACCGAUUCCUGUCUUUCUUCUGACGACGUACUCCUCAUCAUUACCUUGCCUCAUUUUCCUGACGAUUCCCUUGCCUUUUACUCCCUCUUUUUGUCUCCAAAACCUUUGAUGUUAAGUGUUGUCAAUGGUUUAGCUUCUUGUUUCAAAGCGGCAAUAGCAGAAUGUAAAUUCUGACUGCUAAGAUUUAUAUAUAUACUGGUAUCUUGAAGCUUAUUGUAUAUAUGAGUAGUCGCCAUGGGAUGACACAAUGUAAACAAAAAGUAGAAAUAAUAAAAAUUGUGAGUCCUGUGUUCUCUCCAUUUGAGUAUUUUGUAAUUUUUUUGAAAAAUUUGUGGAAUUAAAAUAAACGACUAAGUUACACCACAA